AUGACUACUUAUUUUGAAUAUGGUGUAAAACUUACAGAUGGGCAAAAGUCAAAAUUGGCUUCUGCAAUAUUAAAUAAAUCACCACUAACUCUUCGAUUAAAACACUCACAUCUUCGAGGUUCUGAUGAGUUAAUGUUAACAAAAAGACAAAUUUCUAAAAUAAAAAAAUCUAUUGCAAAUGGCACAGGAUCGGAUAUAAAGAUAAGUAAAACACAGAUUAGACGUUCUGUAAAACAUGGUGGAAACUUAUUUUCAUCACUGGCAUCUCUUGGAGCAAAAGUACUACCUUACGCAAUAAAAGGAGUUUCAAAAGUUGUCCCUGCAUUAGCAACUGGUGCUGCCACUGCACUUGGAGAAAUUGGAUUAAAUAAAAUAUUUGGAAAAGGAAUAACAAUCCCCAAACAGUUUUUCCCAAUGUUACCACCUCUUGUAAGAGAAUUUACACAAUCACAAAUAAACCAAAUUAACAAAGCACAUCAAACAGGUGGACGAUUAAUUAUUAAACCAACUCGUAAACAAAUAGAAGGAGGAUUUCUUGGAACUCUUGCAUCUAUUGGAAUUCCAAUGGCAAUUAGCCUGGUAUCUAAGAUGUUUGGAUCUGGACUACAAGUAGAUAGAAGUAAUUCAUCCAAUACAUCAAAUGUUUACGUUCCACCUCCUCCUCCUCCAUCUACUUAUGGUGAAGGUUAUCCUUAUUACCCUCCACCCUUUAUCGGUACAUGGUCCAACCCAAUUGGAAUGGGGGUUAAAAAAAAAAAGCCCAAAUCCAGGGGAAAAGGACUACUACUAGGAAAAAACAGCCCAUUCAACUCAAUUCCCAUUCUCGGCACCAUUUUGUAAUUAAACCUCUAUCCAACUUUGACCUCAUGGAAUGGGUAAAAAAACUUGGUAUUAAACAUUUUAGAGGAAUAUACAGUAGGGAUAGACUACCUAAUAAGAUAAAAAAAGAAUGCGGAAUAAUUAAUCUAGAUGAUAUUCAAGGUCCUGGAACACAUUGGGUUUGUUAUAGAAAUAUAGACAAUGUAGUUGAGUACUUCGAUCCAUUUGGGUUGAUAAUGCCAAAUGAAGCAUUAAAGUAUUUUCAUACUUCUGGAAAACGUAUAGUUUACUCAACAGAUGAAAUACAAAAUCGCAAUACUGUUCUAUGUGGUUAUUGGUGUUUAUAUUAUCUCUACGAGAGACAGCGGGGUAAUAGUAUUCUAAAUGUAAUACAUAAUCCACAUUUUGAUAAUGACAACAGCGAUUUUAUAAAGGCAUACUUUGGGGGGUAGUAUAUUUUUGAUAUUAUUUUUAAUAUCAAAAAUUAAAUAUUUUUCUCAAUUCUAUGAAUAACCUUGUAAUGAUUAUUUAGUGUUUCUUUAUUACAAAAUGCUUUUGAGCAAUAUUUACAAGGAAUACGAAUACCAUCCAUAUACUUAUGUAAUCUUUUACAAAUAUAAUCAUAAUCAUUGCUUAAAAUAAAUUUGUAACAAUUUAUUUUAUAUCUUUCUUUCAUUUCUUUUUGCGCAUCUGAAAUCUCAUAGUAAUUAGUUGGAGAUUUAAAUUCUAUACAAAGGCCAUUAUAAUCUUUAUGGUAAUUAAGUAUCAUAAGGUCAGGUUGACCUCUCAGAUAUCCCUUCUUCCAACUAUUUAUUCUUUUCUCUGGUGUAUCUUGAUUUUCCCCAAGUCCUGGUACCAUAAUAGCAUCUGGGUAAAAAUUUCUAAUUAGAUGAACAACUUUAGAGUGGAGGUCCAUCUCAUUUUCAAUCUUAAACAUUUUGUUAUUUGGAUUGUCAAACAUUUUGUACUGACCAUAUUUACGGAUUGAUGGAAGAACUGUAGUAAAUACCCAAUCGCGGAAUUUUUUAGCAGCUUCUAAUUUAGAACUAAAUACAAGUUCAUAAAAACCAGCCUCAUCAAUAAAUGUGCACCAUCUGACCUGACCCGGCGUUUCACCGGGGCAGGUUUUUGGGUUCUGGACCUGUCUCCCUGAAACGGGGUAAUAGGUAUUUUUGCGUAUUUUAUGGUUUUUGGAUACAUGCCUUCUAACAGCAUCGUCAGUGUCUCUAUACCCAAGAAUCUCAGCAACAUCCUUUCCACGAAACCAAACAUUUUGCUGUUUGUCAAUAUAAGAAUUCAUUUCGAUUCCUAAAUCUUUAUUAGUAAACUUCUUCUCCAACAUAUUUGCCAUUUAUAUAAUAAUUAUAUUCUUUAAGUAGUUUUUAUUCACUAUCAUCUGGCAAAUUCUUUAGUUGCUUAACUUUCUCAACUUUUUUAUUCAAAUCUUUAACACUAUCAACUAUUUCAUCAAAACUACAAUAAAUGUCAAUAAGACGAAAAAGUUUAUUCUUUUUAUCACUAUCUAUUUUCAACCAAGAAUAUUCCUCAUCUCUAAUUUUUUCCCACAUCCCACAUUCACCAGCCAUUAGUAUUCUAGAAAGAUCAGCAUUACUCUUUCUAAGAGUUUCAAACUCAUUUACUAUUUUUUUUCUUAAUUCUUUCUCAAAAUCUUUGAGUGUUUUAACAUCCAUCUUUUUUUCUAUCUCAGAAAAGAAUUUGGCUUCCAUUUAUUAUAUAAAUAGAUAAUUAAACUUUUAGCCACCGUACCCGUUUUGUGGACGCUGGGAUGGUGAGUAAAUAUUUGUUUUUUUAUCCUCGUUAUAUUAGUCAUACUUAGUAGAUGUAUUUUAUCUAAACAUUAUAUUAAAUGGUAGAAUCAUAUUGCAUUGUAGAUAAAAGAGUAACUCCUUGCGUAGAGCCAAGUGGUUACCAAAAAGAUAAAAGAGGCCGAACUCAAUUCUACUGUAGAUGCGCAGUUUGUGGAAAUAAAAAAGUUAGAUAUGUGAAAACUGGAUCAGCUUCUCAAACUGGAAGUGGAAAAAAGAGAAAAAGAAAGUCAAAAAACUAAUCAGCCCGUCUGAAGGGGCGGGCGUCUUUGAUACUGUUGUUGGUACAGCAGUUGAUGGAUUUGUUCAUUACGGUUUACCUUGGAUGGGUAAAAAAGCAGUUGAAAUGGGACGAUAUGGAGCAAGCGAGUUAAUGAGAAAUAAAAAUCUUCAGAAGAAAGCUGUAAAUUAUGGGAUUAGUAAACUCACUCCAUUUAUUCAAGAUUCUGUUGGAACAGCCAUGGACCAGUUAUCAACAAAAGUAAGACCAAAUAAAAAGUAUAAAACUGAUAAACCAAAAUUAGAUGGAAGAGGAUUAGAUAUUCACAAUGCUAUUCUCAAAGUAGCACCCAGUAAAGGCUUCGUUUUACCAGGUCAUAAUUAUACCGGUCCUGGUAAUCCUCUUCAUAAACAACUACGACACGAUGAUAAAGGUAAUAUAUUAGAAAUCUUCCAACAACCAACAGGACCAACUGAUGCGGUUAGUAUGCAACAUGAUGUGGAUUACACAGUUUGUGGAAAUAAACCAAAAAGUGAACAAGUAAAAUGUAAAAAUGAAGCUGAUAAAAAAAUGAUAAAAUCACUAGAUGCAAUUCCUUUGAAAGAAAGACAAUGGGGC